AUAGUUUCCAGUAUCAUGUUUCUAAUUGCCAGUUUUUCUCCAUUAGCCUGGAUGAAAUCCUGCAGGCCAUAACUACUGCUGUGAAUACAGAGGAAGAAUUCUGUAUCACUGUCUCAAGAUCCAAUAUGGUGGAGCGGGGACUUGCACAGUGGAAGAGGCAAAAAAAGGCAUUGCCUACAAAUCAGCUGAGGGUCACAUUUAUAGGAGAGGCAGGAAUUGAUACAGGGGCAUUAUGGAAAGAAUUCCUUACAGAAAUGGUUGCAGGCUUGGAGCAAAGGCUAUUUGAGGGUGACCAGACUGGGAAGGCUCCCAGAUAUAUUCAUUGCUGGAUCUUGAUCUAGGAAACUUACGUAGUGCUGGUGAAAUUUGGGCGGUUAGUCUGACGCAAGGUGGGCCACCACCCUGCUGCCUCAAAGAUUGGUGUUACCAGUACUUGUGCAAUGGAGAGCUGUAGAUUGAGAACAUUAUGAAAGAGGAUGUCUGCGAUGUUCAUUAUACUUCUAUUAUCUCCCAGGUUGAUUCGGCCACAGAAGAUAAAAUGACAGAACUCACUGAUGAAAUUUUGAUUUGUGGUUAUCAUGGACCUGUUAAUGUUGAAAAGAAAGAAGAAAUUGUUCGUGCUGUUGUUCUUCAUGCCACACUUCGGUUGGUGCCUCUUCUCUCCCAGCUACGUGAUGGUCUAAAACUUUAUGGUCUUACUGAUCUACUGAACCAGUACCCAAACAUCUACCAAUCACUGUUUGUCCCCGGGGUGGAAGUUAACGCUGAUGCUGACUUUGUUUUUGCAACAUGCAAUUCUGAGUUCAGCGAGAAGGGCUCCAACAAAGAACGGGUGGGAUUGAGGAUUAUGAACCAUCUACAGGACUUCUUGCAAGAGCUGGAAUCACGUGAAGAGCCUGAGGCCAGUGACCGUCCAGUCGUCCUUUCCCCAAGUUCAUUCAUACAGUGGCUCAUAGGACAAGGCCACAUUCCUUUCCUGCCAGAUGAGAAGAUAAACUUCAAAGUCUCUGUGCAGUUCAACCACUCAUGCCAUAUUCAGUAUGGCGCACAUGAAGUUUGCCACCCAACCGUUACGGCAUGUAGUAACACAGUCAAACUACCUGUUCAACAUAUGCAAACUUAUGAAGCAUUCAAGCAUGUGAUGACAAACGCGUUCCACUAUGGUCAGGCAUUUUUUCAUAUUUAGGAGCAUGAUCAGUCAGCCAGACAUCUUGAUUGUUCUAUGAAAUGUUAGUAAAACAAAAAACUCGACAUGUGUUGCUUGAUCUUUGUUUUUUUUUUUUUUUUUUUUUUUUUUUACAGUUUUUUAAGCAUUCUGUUUAUUGCCUUUGAAAUUAUUAAAAAAAAG